AUUCAACAGGAGAAGAGGGGGUGAGGCAGAAAGGAUCACCAUGAAAGAUUACCGCGAAAGACAGAAAUCAGGGAGUUGUCUAAAAGACAUUGAAGAAUCAUUAAGUCCAAUGGAAAAAGUCCUUUGUUCUACCUUCGAAAGAGUAGAAAUCCGUGGAAAAAGGGGACGUAUUGUCCCAGUUUUGUUAACUGCUACCCUACAGAAAAGCAUAGAGUGUCUUAUGAAAUACAGAGAUGCAGCUGGUGUUCAUCCGGAUAACAAGUAUGUUUUCCCAAGGUCUUCAUUUGACUCGCUGAAUCCAAUCAGAAGUGCAGACAGCCUGAGACGUUUUGGUAGGGAAGCCAAACUGUCGGUACCUGAAAACCUUACUAGCACCCAGCUUCGAAAGCAUGUUGCAACAGUAAGUCAGGUUUUGAACCUAACAAAAAAUGACUUGGAAAAUAUUGCUGGAUUUAUGGGGCAUGACAUUGAAAUCCAUAGGUCAUUCUACAGGUUACCACAGGAAACUUUGCAGGUUGCAAGAAUGGGAAGGUUACUAACAGCAUUUGACAGUGGAGAUGUGGCCAGGUACAGUGGGAAAUCAAUCGAAGAAAUUCCAGUUGAUGAGGACUUGGAGCUUGAUGAUCAACCUGAAGGUGGUGAUGAACUUCCAAUUGAUAACGAAAAUGAUCAGUCUGAACCUAGUAAUGAUGACAUGGAAAACGUUUCGCCUGAUGUGACACCUAAUCCCAAUCCCCAGCAGAACCACACUGUUAGAGUAGCGAGACCAUGUCAUUCCAAUAGAAAAGGCCAAGUGAAGCUAAACGUGACUCAACAGCAGUGCCUAAAGCUGAUUUUUCAUGGAAAUGUCCACCUUCGCAAGGAACUCAAAAGGAAAGAAUGUGAAGAAGCUAUUGCAGCACAUAGCUGCCUUAAGGGGUUGGAAUGGAAGAAAAUAAAAAACACCAUUCAUAAUUGGAUAACAAGCAAAAAAAUCAAAACCAAAAAAAUGUUGAAACAACAGGAAAGGUAGGUCGCUAUGUGGGCCCACAAAAGUUUAGAAGUUUUGA